UCCAUUGUAAAUGACAGUGGGACAUAGCUAACAUCUACGGCUACCUCACAGCUCACGCCAUGUUUCCAAUUACUAUAAUCAAGCUUUUGUCCUCAUAUAUUUCUGCGCUAUUGUUGAAAGGAAGAAAGACUUACGAAAGAGAGAGAGAAUGAGUGGAGAAGGAAGGGUGGUGUGUGUAACAGGAGGCGCAGGCUUCAUAGCUUCAUGGCUGAUCAAGCUCUUACUUCUUCGAGGUUAUACAGUUAAGGCCACUGUUCGUGAUCCAAAGGAUCCUAAGAAAACAGAACACUUGCGUGCACUUGAUGGAGCCAAAGAAAGGCUUCACUUGUUCAAAGCAAAUUUACUGGAAGAAGGAUCUUUUGAUGGAAUUGUUGAUGGUUGUGACGGUGUAUUUCACACAGCGUCACCUGUGAUUCUUUCAACAAAUGCCCCUGAGGCAGAUUUGCUUGAACCAGCAGUUAAGGGAACGCUGAACGUUCUUAAAUCAUGUUCAAAAGCUCCUUCCAUCAAAAGAGUGGUUGUAACAUCUUCCAUGGCAGCAGUAAUGUUCAAUGAAAAACCUCUCAGUCCUGAUGUGGUUGUUGAUGAGACCUGGUUUUCAGAUAGAGCUUUUUGCGAGCAACAUAAGAAUUGGUAUGCUGUUUCAAAAACCUUAGCUGAGGAUGUUGCUUGGAAAUUUGCAAAGGAAAAUGGUAUUGACUUGGUUACGAUACAUCCAGGAUGGGUGAUUGGUCCUUUCUUGCAGCCAACUCUUAAUCUCACUGUGGAGAUGAUUUUGAACAACGUAAAUGGAGUGCAGACAUUUCCAAAUCAGAACCUCAGAUUAGUUGAUGUUCGAGAUGUUGGAAAUGCACAUAUUGAAGCUUUUGAAAGACCUUCAGCUAGUGGCAGAUACUGUUUAGUUGCAAGGGUUACACAUGUCUCUGAAGUUUUGAAGAUUGUGCAUGAACACUACCCCACUUUGCAACUUCCAGAAAGAUGUGCAGACAACAAGCCUUUUGUGUCAAAAUAUGAGGUAUCGAAGGAGAGAGCGAAAACUUUGGGUAUCAAUUAUAUUCCUGUGGAGGUUACUGUUAAGGGCACCAUUGAAAGUUUGAAGGAUAAAGGCUAUCUUAACAUCUGAAUGAUCUUUGAAUUUGUAUAUCUUAACAAUGCAAGAAGCAACUUCUAAGCUUAGCUCUUCUUCUCAUAAGUUGUUUGUUGUUGAUGUCUAGAUCAGAUGUGGUAGGCCUGUAUCCAUUGGUUUAAGGAUGUUCAACUUCAAGUCAUUGAGAAAUGCUAUUGUAAUAAAGAGCUUUUGUUAUCCUCA